AUGGAUGCAGUUAUGAUGCAUGGAUCGUUUGAUAUUGAUCACAAAUCCAAUCUCAAAAAUCCCCAAAAAUUCCAUCAGAAUCCAAUCAUUUCAAAUUCAAACCCUUCCGACGCGUUCCGGCUAUCCCGGUUCAACUCCGCCGGCCUUCUGCGGCCUCCGCCGCCGCCGUUUCUCCGCCGCCAAUCCUCACAGCCACCCCUGCUGCCCCUCCCCACCGCCGUCCAAAAACCUAGAAACCCUAACAAAUCAAAAUCUCCCAAAAAACAAGGCAAAAACUCGCCGAAGAAAUCCAAGGAUGCCGCGCCGCCGUUGAUCUCAUUCGAUGCGAGAAAGUGUGAGAUCGGCGGCGGCUUGACGUCGGCGGCGGCGGCGGAGGUCGGUGAUCAGGCCGGCAUUUUUUCUAGCUCGGCGGUGUUCACCUUCUCUCCGCCGCCGAGCAGCCUGCCUCUGCCGAGCUUCUCGCUGCGGCCGAGGCUCGGCUGCAAGGCGGCUGCCGGCGCCACCGAUGAUCUGCGGCGCCUUCUUCGGCUGCAGUGA